CUACCAGACUGAGAGCAAACUAGCGAAGCGGGACAGCGAGAGAGAGAGAGCGCUCCCGGCGAUGGAGUCGCAGCCGCAGGCCCCGAAGAAGCGAGGGCGGAAGCCGAAGCCGAAGGAGGACAAGAAGGAGGAGCCUCACCACCAGCAGCCGCCGCCGCAGCAGCAGCAGCAGCAGCAGCCGGCGGCGGCGGCGGGGGCGGCCAAGUCCUCGUCGUCGUCGGCGUCGGCGGGGGCCAAGGAGAGGAGGUCGCAGCAGCAGCACGCGGUCGACGAGAAGUACGCCCGGUGGAAGUCCCUCGUCCCCGUCCUCUACGACUGGCUCGCCAACCACAACCUCCUCUGGCCUUCUCUCUCUUGCCGGUGGGGGCCGCAACUCGAGCAAGCAACUUAUAAGAAUCGGCAGCGGCUUUACAUUUCUGAGCAGACUGAUGGUAGUGUUCCAAAUACUUUGGUGAUAGCAAACUGUGAAGUUGUGAAACCUAGAGUUGCGGCUGCAGAGCACGUGUCCCAGUUUAAUGAGGAAGCACGCUCUCCAUUCAUUAGGAAGUACAAGACGAUUAUUCAUCCUGGAGAGGUUAAUAGAAUCAGGGAACUUCCUCAGAAUCCCAAUAUUGUGGCAACUCACACUGACAGCCCAGAUGUUCUCAUUUGGGACGUGGAAUCUCAGCCUAACCGUCAUGCUGUCUUUGGAUCUUCGGCUUCACGUCCAAAUCUGAUUUUAACUGGACAUCAAGAGAAUGCUGAAUUUGCCCUUGCAAUGUGUCCAGCUGAACCCUUCGUUCUUUCUGGAGGAAAGGAUAAGACGGUGGUUUUGUGGAGUAUUCAAGACCAUAUAACAGCAUCUGCAACUGAUCAAACAACAAAUAAAUCUCCAGGAUCUGGAGGAUCCAUCAUUAAGAAGACCGGGGAAGGUAAUGAGGAUGGUAAUGGCCCUUCUGUUGGACCACGAGGAAUCUACUGUGGACAUGAGGACACUGUUGAAGAUGUGGCUUUUUGUCCAUCCACUGCACAGGAAUUUUGUAGCGUUGGUGAUGAUUCAUGCCUUAUAUUGUGGGAUGCACGAGUUGGCACUAAUCCAGUUGCGAAGGUUGAGAAGGCACAUGAUGGUGACCUCCAUUGUGUGGAUUGGAAUCCCCAUGACAAUAACCUAAUUUUAACUGGGUCGGCAGAUAACUCUGUUAACAUGUUUGAUCGGCGAAAUCUCACUUCUAAUGGAGUUGGUUCACCAGUCUACAAGUUUGAGGGCCAUAAGGCAGCUGUUCUUUGUGUGCAGUGGUCUCCAGACAAGCCUUCCGUUUUUGGGAGUUCCGCUGAAGAUGGUCUCUUGAACAUUUGGGAUUAUGAGAGGAUUGAUAAAAAGGUCGACAGGGCUGCAAAUGCUCCUGCGGGAUUGUUUUUCCAGCAUGCUGGGCACAGGGACAAAAUUGUUGACUUCCACUGGAACUCGGCUGAUCCAUGGACAAUGGUAAGCGUAUCCGAUGACUGUGAUACCGCCGGAGGAGGUGGUACAUUGCAGAUAUGGCGAAUGAGCGAUUUGAUCUACAGACCGGAAGAAGAGGUUUUGGCUGAGCUCGAGAAUUUCAAGGCGCAUGUACUGGAAUGCUCGAAGACAUGAGAGUGUCACGAGAACAGCUCUCCGGAUCUCAAAUACUAAUCAGACAAGCGGGUUUUCGCCGGCUGUUGCUGCUGUAAAAUCUGUAGGGAUUUAGUCAUCGUUUGAACUGAUCCGCGAGUGCCAGGACUCGCUUUUAUGCAGAUGAUGAACUGAAGCUGGUUUCAAAGAUAUUGGCAUAUGUAGCCAGUAGAGGUGUGGAUAUGGCAUCGGCCAAACCUUUCGCAGGUCCGCCUUCUCAGGUGAGAAACAGAGGAAAGAUUUAACGGGAUUACCAAAUAGAUAGACUUUUCGUCCUA